GACGAAGCUCGCGUGACCGUAGCUGGCUAUCGGGCCGGAAUAUCGGCGCUUUUGUUAAUACACGGCAGUGCCAAUCGUUAGGAUAGUCGCCAUUUUGUCCGGAGAGGUAGCCCGGUCCGAGCGAACGAAGCGAAAAUAGGCGCUGCCUCGACCGCGAGGAUCGUCGGAUUCUAGAUAAUGUAGGUAUAGUUUAUUAAAACAAGGCCUUUAGGAUAUAAUUAUAUUUAAUGUCAGUAUAUAAGCUGAAUGCUUGUUAUUGGUGGUGUAAUCAUUGGACCAAGAAAUAUUGAGACAAUUAAGGUAUAGCAAAGAAGGUGUAAAAUGACGAUUGCCACUAGGGGCCAGGGAGUUGGCAUAGACCCUCCCGACAGCCAGCAAAAUACACAGAUGCACAGUCCACCAGGUCCACAACAAUUGGCUGACACAAUGUCGGGACUCCAACUCACCGAGAAUGUGGUACAAACGGAGUGCAACAAUGAUGCUAUCACAACGGUAGAAGAUAGCAACCAGCUUCAUGAAGAGCCUGAGUUUCCUAUUUUCAAACUUAAUAUGCUUCAUGAGAAGAUAUCUAGUCCACGAUGGGUUGUACCAGUUCUACCCGAACAAGAAUUAGAGUGCCUGUUACAAGCCAGUAUCGAACUUUGUAAAAAAGGAAUUGAUGUACAAAGUGAAGCGUGUCAACGCUUUUUUCGAGAAGGUCUCACAAUCUCAUUUACUAAGAUAUUAACAGAUGAUGCAGUAAACAGUUGGAAAUUGAAUAUUCACAAUUGUAUCAAUACUAAUUGUGCACGUUUGGUGGAACUAUGUGUCCUGAAAUUAGAUGAGGAUUGGUUUCCUCUUCUUGAUUUGCUGGCCAUGGUUUUUAAUCCUAGUAAUAAGUUUCACACAGUAAAUGCAAUAAGAGUUUCAGAAACUGUUCCUCCUGGUAGUGAUAUUCCUGAUGAGGAACUUUAUGCUCGCCCACCAUCUGACUCGCGAGCUCCUCGUGGUUGGCUAGUAGAUCUCAUAAACAGAUUCGGGAGUCUUAAUGGAUUUGAAAUUUUGCUUUCGAGAUUUCAGAGUGGACGUAAUUUAACAGUGCCAGUUAUUUAUGCUUUAAUCAGACCCUUUGGCUUGUGUUAUGAACUGUUAACUGUUCACACAAUAGUUAAAUAUCUGAUGCCUAUUGUUGAAAUGGUACCUCUUAUUUUGAAUAACUUAACUGAUGAUGAAUUAAAGAAAGAGGCAAAAAAUGAAUCAAAAAAUGAUGCAAUAUCAGCCAUAAUCAAAGCUGCUAAAUGCUUGGUGUCACGCGUACCUCAUCAGGAAGAAAUGAUAAAGAACUUGGAAAUACUGAGACUGAAAAUGAUAUUGAGACUCUUGCAAAUUUCUUCGUUUAAUGGAAAGAUGAAUGCUUUAAAUGAAGUUAAUAAAGUAAUAUCUAGCGUUAGUUAUCACCAACACCGUAAUACUAUAGCAGAGGAGGAGGAGUGGCUUACAGCAGAGCGUAUGGCAAAAUGGAUUAAAGACAAUGGUGUAUUGGAAAUUGUACUAAGGGAUUCAUUGCAUCAACCGCAAUAUGUAGAGAAGCUGGAGAAAAUUUUACGCUUUAUUAUAAAAGAACGUGCACUUACACUAGAAGACUUAGAUGCUGUUUGGGCUGCACAAGCUGGCAAACAUGAAGCAAUUGUGAAGAAUGUUCAUGACUUGUUAGCCAAAUUAGCUUGGGAUUUUAGUCCUGAACAACUUGAUCACCUAUUUGAGUGUUUUCAGACAAGUUGGAGGACUGCCAACAAGAAACAACGAGAAAAGCUGUUAGAAUUGAUCAGGAGACUCGCGGAAGAUGAUAAAGAUGGUGUUAUGGCACAUAAGGUGUUAACACUCUUUUGGACUUUGGCACAUUCUGACGAAGUCCCUACAGAGAUCAUGGAUCAGGCAUUAAAUGCUCAUGUAAAAAUUCUUGAUUACUCGUGCUCACAAGAGAGAGAUGCGCAAAAAGCAAUUUGGGUAGACAAAUGUGUUGAAGAAUUGAAAAAUGGUGACAAGUGGGCCCUCCCUGCAUUGAAACAAAUUCGGGAAAUAUGUUGCCUUUAUGAACCAAAUCCCAACCUAGGUCAUAGUCAACGUAGCCAUCAUUUACAUUACAGGCAAGAAGUAAUAGAGCGUCUACAGAGCGAACAUUCAGUAGUAAUUCUUGUAACAAAUAGUUUAACAAAUUAUAUGGAUAAGGUGCGGCAAUUGGUGAAAGAAAAUCCUGACAUCGACGCAAAUACUUUUAUGCCUGAUGGUCGAUAUAAUCAUAUUGUACAAGUGCAAGAAAGAUUGAAUUUUUUGCGUUUCUUAUUAAAGGAUGGGCAAUUAUGGCUUUGCGCUGAUCAAGCGGAACAAAUUUGGCAAUGUUUAGCUGAGCAAGGUGUAUUUGUUUCGGAUCGUGAGGCAUGUUUCAAAUGGUUUUCUAAACUUAUGGGAGAUGAACCGGAUUUGGAUCCAGCAAUAAACAAGGAUUUUUUUCAAAAUAAUAUACUGCAAUUAGACCCAACAUUACUUACAGAAAGCGGUAUUAAAUGUUAUGAAAGAUUUUUUAAAGCUGUCAAUUCUAAGGAAGGAAAAUUGAAACUGAAACGCAGAACAUAUCUUAUGGAUGAUGUGGAUUUAAUUGGAACCGAUUAUUUGUGGAGAGUAGUGACUAACAGUCCGGAAGAAAUUGCCAACAGAGGCAUAGAACUUUUAAAAGAGGUGAACACUAAUUUAGGACCGCGGUUGCAGUCAUCCGUUUUGGCAUUUCACGAAACGUAUAUAGCGGAAUGUAUGGACAGAUUGAAGGCUCAUUAUGAUACUGUGACCGUUUUGAGCAGAGUGUAUCUGGAUGGAAAAGAGGAGCGUGAAGAACAAAUGACAAAUAAGAUUAAAAUGGAAGCCAUAAAAAUGUGCCGCGUUAUGAAAGUUUUACAGGAAUAUAUAAACGAGUGCGAUACAGCUUUUCCAGGAGAACGAAAGAUAUUACCGUUACAUAGAGCAGCUCGUGGCAAGCACCUAUCACUUGUUAUUCGUUUUGCGAGUCCCGGUAGAAACGUUGACGACAUAGAUAUCUUUACACACAGUAAUGACACUUUAGCUUCAUUGAGACGUCAAAUACUACGCAGGAUUAAGGCAAGCGGAACAAAUGUGAAACUUGAUUUAUUUAUUAAUGGAGAAUCGCUAGAACAAUCCGACGAUAGGAAACUCCUUUCUCAGAUUCCACUGAGAGACAAAAUGUUAUUGUCUGCUAAGCUCAGCCAAGUAAAUAGCAAUAUGCCAAGCUCACCGGACAGUAGCUCUGAUAGCUCCACUAGUUCUCCGCAUCAUCCAUAUGAUGGGCCGAAUGUAGAGGCAGAGAAUAGUUUACCUGGCGUGGUGAUGUCGCAAAGAUCGCAGUAUGCGACAUUUUUCUUUCAAUUAGCAGAUCUUGGCUGUACUCUUCAGCAUUCGCAAUUGCGUGAUGGUGCACGAAAUCUCUUGCAAUUAGUGCCGCCAGAUACCUUCACUGUAACAAGAUUACAGUGGCUAUUUGGCCAUUACAAAGACGAGGAAGCUUUACAGAACCCUUCUCAAUAUCAUUGUAACGAGCAAAAUACGUCAGUAGAUUCUCUAUUUUUUACUGCAAGUCCUAGCCAAGUUUUAUACAAUUUAGAGGUAUUAUACACUUUGUUAAUGCCGGCUCUCGACCCUAUGUCGGAGAGAGCAUUUGAAUUUCAAUAUAAUUUCAUAAAAAGUGGCGAAGCGGGUGUUAUCCUCGAUAUGCUAACCAAAAAUAAGUUUUUACCAAAUGCGGACGAAACUACGAAGCGGUCUGCGUAUCUAACUGUAUUGAGACUAUGUAAACUUCUCUUGACAGUGAUGGGUAACGUAAUGGCAUGCGUGAUGGACGAAGUUCAACAAACUGGAACUUCGGAAAAUCACGACAACCACAUUAAUAAUCGCGGUCGAGUGACGGUGUUGAAACAGGCUCUUCAAAGUGUACCGAAUCAAAGUACCGAAUACAUGCUGAGAAGUGUGGCAGCCAAACUGGCACAGCAUCUGGCGCAUCGAAUGCUAUCCGGCGGGCCCGAGGCUGAUCGAUGUCGGCAACUUUUUGUGCAGGCCCUUUCAUGGGAAUUACCGGAUGUGGCUACUAUACGUGCCAUAAUUAGAUUAGCGUGGGCCGCAUCCACGGGUAACCUGAACAACAUUAAUGCAUCGAAUGAGGCUCUUCACUCGAUGCAUGAGACUAACCAAAAAGAACAAAGAAAUCCCGAUAAUAACGAUGUCCUUGUAUGCAAGGAAGCACUCGAAGUAUUGACAAUCGCCCUUGUUUUGAAUCCAUCGGCACUAGAAACAUUGUCGAGGGACAAAAUAUGGCAUACUUUCUUAAUAGACCUUGUGCUGCUUAGUACGUCAAGAGCUAUUAGAGUUGCCGCUGGUGAACAAUUUUUUCUCAUAUCGACAUGGUGCAGUGGUGGACACCAAACGCUAUUAGUCACCAUAACGCUUCUCUUCACCGUUUUAAACAGUACAGUUAUGGAGAAUGCGAAACAGAGUCACGAAUACUUUCAGCUUUUGUGCCGACUGUUGAAUUUCGCGCAUAUGUCAGGUUGCCCUCUUACGACCGCAGAGACACUGUUAAACGUCGAAAUAGCCUGGUUAAAGAAAGUUCGCGAUAACGUGAAGGAGACUGGAGAGAGUCAAGUGGACGAAGCCUUGCUCGAAGGUCAUCUUGGUCUAACAAAGGAGCUGUUGGCCUUUCUGCCACCAAAUGAGAAAUACGAAAUCGGUUCCGAUGAGAAGCAUGGGGUUAACUUGAUCAAGGAAAUGGUUGAAGACUUUGUAUUCCCCGCAUCUCGCCUCAUGCUGCAGCUUCGUAGUACCGGCGAACUCAGCGCUUCGCAAGCAUGCCCGGUGUGUACCACUCCUCAAUCGACCAGCGCUGCGUUCGACUUGCUCGUAGGUCUUUGCGUAGGCUGUGUAUCCAACAUGAAACUUCUAGUCACAAUGCUCACCGACAUGUUCUACUCUGAAAAGGACGAACCAUUAGUAGAGUGGGAUUAUUUACCGCCUGUGGGGCUUAGGCCACUUAAAGGCUUCGUAGGCUUGAAGAAUGCAGGGGCAACCUGCUAUAUGAAUUCAGUAUUACAGCAAUUAUACAUGGUGGAAAGCAUUAGAGUCGGGCUUUUGGCGGCAGAAGGCGCGGCGACGGAUCUGAAUGAGGAUUUUUCGGGCGAAGAGAGGAUAGAAGGAGAGCAGACAAUCGAAACGAAUGACAAUGACACAAACGAAGAAAAGUGCGGUGCCGAUGAAUCCAGGAAAGAAUACAACAUCGGCAUUCUGAAACAAGUACAAGCAAUAUUUGGUCAUCUGGCUUACAGUAAAUUACAAUAUUACAUACCUAGAGGACUAUGGAAGCAUUUUAAGCUUCAAGGAGAACCUGUAAAUCUUAGAGAGCAACAAGAUGCAGUAGAAUUCUUCAUGAGUCUGGUAGAGAGCUUAGACGAGGCAUUAAAAGCCUUAGGACAUGAGCAGAUAAUGGGCAAGAUUCUUGGUGGCUCAUAUAGCGACCAAAAAAUCUGCAAAGGUUGCCCUCAUAGAUAUUCCAAAGAGGAGCCAUUCAGCGUGAUAAGUGUGGACAUACGGAAUCACAGUAAUUUAUUGGAUUCUCUUGAGCAAUACGUGAAGGGAGAACUGCUGGAGGGUGCAGAUGCCUAUCAUUGUGAUAAAUGCAACAAAAAGGUCGUAACAGUAAAGAGAUUGUGCGUAAAAAAGCUGCCGCCUAUUUUAGCAAUUCAAUUGAAAAGAUUUGAGUAUGACUUCGAGCGUGUAUGUGCUAUAAAGUUCAACGACUACUUUGAAUUUCCACGAGAUCUUGAUAUGGAACCUUACACUGUCUCCGGUUUAGCGAAAUUGGAAGGAGAAGUUAUAGACUGUGAUUAUGAGGAAUCUGUAAAAGGAACAUGCACGAAAUAUCAAUUAACUGGUAUUGUCGUUCAUAGUGGCCAGGCUAGCGGUGGUCAUUACUAUUCCUACAUCCUGCACAGGCUGAAUGAUGGUACGGCAAAGUGGUAUAAGUUCGAUGACGGUGAUGUAACGGAAUGCAAAAUGGAGGAGGAGGAAGAGAUGAAGUCUCAAUGCUUUGGUGGUGAUUAUUUAGGGGAAGUAUUCGAUCAUAUGCUCAAGCGGAUGAGUUACCGCAAACAGAAGCGAUGGUGGAAUGCAUAUAUGUUAUUUUAUACAAGACUAGAUGUAGAAGAAAAUUCUCUAAUGAAGAGUGUAAAUGAACUGUCAUUGUAUACGAAACUAGGAGUUAUGAAAAUGCCAUCAGCGAUUGAGUACAGUGUACGAAAACAAAAUAUAAAAUUUAUGCACAACCGAAAUCAAUUUAGUGCCGAAUACUUCCAAUUCAUUAAGAAAUUGGUGUCCUGUAAUCCUCAUAAUGUUAACCGUCAAAAUCUCAAUGAGAAACUCAGCCCGGAAGCGGAAGAACUUGCGAUGCUCUCGGUUCAGUUGGCAUCAAGAUUUCUUUUUUACACCGGUUUUCACACCAAGAAAACAUUGCGUGGCACGGCAACGGACUGGUAUGACAUUGUCUGUCAUCAUUUGCGUAGCAGUAAAGCAGUGCGAUCUUGGUUCGCAAAUGAAGUUUUAUUCAAUCAUCCACAUAGAUUUUGCGAAUACCUCUUAAGUUGCCCUAGUACGGAGGUGCGCACUGCUUUUCUUAAAAUUUUGGUAUUUCUUGCACAUGUUUCUUUGCAAGAUGGUCCAUGCGCUCCGCCCAGUUUAAAUGCACCAAGUAUACUCUUAGAUCCAGUAGCGACUCUUAGCGAUCACCUGUUACACGCUGUACUGUCGCUGCUGCACCGAGAAAUUUCGGAUCACGGGCGUCAUCUUCCCCAUUACUUUUCUCUCUUUCAUGCAUAUGCUUCGCUUGGUCUUGCCGAAAAGGCGCAACUGCUUAAGCUAAAUGUACCAGUUACGUUUAUGUUAGUCGCCAUCGAUGAAGGCCCAGGUCCUACCAUCAAAUAUCAGUAUCCGGAACUGACUAAGCUUCACCAGGUAGUUAGCAUGUUAAUACGAUGUUGCGAUGUAUCAUCGAAAGUACACUCGAGUCAGACGCCUCGUGCGGAACCCUUACCAAAUCCGUAUGGAGAUCCCGCGUGUCAACCAGAUUAUCUUAUGCCCAUUCAAUCUUCAGCAGCGGAAAUAUUAUUUAUCCGUACUAGUUAUAUUAAAAAAUUGAUCGAGGACGCUAAUGUGACUGAAGAUACGGUUAAACUAUUGCAAUACUGUUGUUGGGAAAAUCCACAUUUGUCGCGAACAGUACUUAGUGAGCUGUUGUGGCAAAUAGGAUUUGCUUACACCCAUGAGUUGAGGCAUCAUACAGAUUUGCUGCUUGCGAUACUACUGAUGGAGGAUUCAUGGCAGACACAUCGCGUGCAUAAUGCACUUAAGGGAGUUCCUGAUGAAAGAGAAGGUUUAUUUGAAACGAUACAAAGAAGUAAAAACCAUUAUCAGAAAAGGGCUUAUCAGUGUAUCAAAUGCAUGGUGCAGCUCUUUAGUAAAUGCAGACCGGCGCAUCAGCUUUUGCAUCACAGUCCAGAGUUGAAAAGAAAAUGGAGUCACGCUAUAGAUUGGCUCCAUGACGAACUUGACAAAAGACCAUAUGCUUCUACGGCGCCUUAUACACACGCGUAUAACAAUUGGUCACCACCAACACAGUCCAAUGAUUCCGCAAACGGCUAUGUUUUGGAACGUAGCAAUAGCGCAAGAAAGACACUAGAGCGAGCAUGCGAGUUGUGUCCUGAUGAAGAACCGGAAGUUGAAGAUACGAGUGAAGAUUGCGCGGAAGAAGCAGAAAAGUAUCAACAUACAUUUAAAUAUCAAUCUACCAAUAUCAAUCCAACCAAAUCAUUUCAAGUUUCUUCAAGAAUUAAGAGGCGUAAUAAUAGAAGCUUAGCAUGGGCAUCUAUGGAUUAUCCAGAUUUUACCGUGAUCCAACAAAUGCAAGAAGAGCAACAGCCUCAACCAGGACCUUCUCCAGUACACACACCCCACUUAGCGCUUCAAAUGCAUAAUCCACAAAACUGUGAGUCGUCACAAAAUACCAGCCAGGAUCCAUAAUGAACGCUGAAUACUGACGUUUUACCAAGUUGCUGCCUCAGUGAAACGAUUUCGAGAUACUUAGAUAUUACUGCGCCAGCAGCUUGGUGGCGAGCGGUAGCAGCAUAUGUACAGAUAUAACAAGUGAGGAUUUGUUUUUUUAGUGAUCAUUCUUUAACGAACUCAUGCUAAUCUCUUAGUUUCACUGUGGGUAGUUACUUUGAUAAUAUGACGUGCUAUAAAUGUUCGAACUGCAAUGUGAAAAUGGGAAACGAUUCCGACUGAGAAGUGAAUUAACGCAUGCUGGUUGAGGCAAUCAAUUCUCAACGAUAGUUUCUUUCUCCUUAAUCUUGACAUCUGUUUGUAUCCUCCGACGACUGUUUGGCUUCCAAUUCUAGAAAUAACAAUUUGACAAAAAAAUAAAAAUAAAAAUAUGCUGUCUCUUCUCGAACGAUCGAUAAAGUUAUAUUAUAGUACAGCUAGAAAUUUCAUUUGCCUCGAUUAAUGCAUGUGGAUUCAAGCUUAGGAAUAUCGUAAGAUUGUAUAAAUGUAUAGCGAGUAGUGUGUUACGGAAUCCCGUUCUCUGCCGAUUAGAAGACAAAAAUAUAAAUCAUAAUUUUCCGUAUGCCUAUGUAAAUUUGUUACUAAUAAAAAAAACCGAAGGGAAGUUGUCAAAUGGAACUUUCUGACGAUUGAAAGAUACGACUAAAAACUUAAAAAAAAAAGGUAAAUGAGCUAGUUCUCAUUUCAUUCAGAGAAAGCACAGUUAUCGCGAAAAAAGCUAUGUUCUAACAUAUUUAUAAAAUUAUAUAGCUAUGCUAUAUAUGUAUCAUAGCUUUUGCUAUUUAAUCUUUUAACAACAAUAAAAAGAAUCCUUCUUGUACUUAAUAAUCUCGAGCAUUCUGGAAGAAAGACACUUAUCGGCGGCCUGCCGCGCUGCUAAAUUUCAACAUACGCCAAUGAUGCCUCCUGUUGUGCUUUCUUUCAGUUCGACCGAUUUGAAAGAGUUGUGCCUUCGACAUUGUGCGACUCCCAUUGUACUUUUAGGUAGAUAUUUAAGAAUCAAGUUGUUGCUUCAAAUUUGAUUGCUUCGCUUGUUGAGUUGAUUAAGGGAAAGGAAAAGAGAAAAGAAAUUUAGAGGAUUAUAUCAUUGAAAACGCGUGAGAGAUGACGAGAGAUCAUUUCGUCGACGAGAGAGAUCGAUCGGAACGUAAUCUCGAAGCCCAAAAACGAGGCCACUUUAUUAGUUUAUCAUGACGCAUGUACGCACGUUUAAUAUAACAUCGAGUUGUCGGAUAUACGGACAGCUGCUUAAAAAUACUGGGACACUGUCCUCAUUUGGAGUCUAAAUUUUUACGAAGAAAAGGAAUUGAAAAGAACGAUAGUGAGACACAAAGAGGAUAUGGAGCAAACAAAUAUUAGUUUGUAUCGUUGUAUGAUACGAUUCAUCGUUGAUAGAGCUGUGGUCUUUUCACAAAAGUUGUGAAAGCGAUCAUGGCGCACAUCGGCAAUUAUGCCCGGCAUAUUAUGUAAUGGAGGUGCAUUCUACAGGAGAGAACGCGGACUAUGCGACGAACGACCCUCGAAUUUAAUGAACUGGCCAUAGCUCUGACUUAUUGAAUAACGUGUGUUAUAUAUAGAUAUUAUAUUAAAAAAAAUCUUUAAAAAGGAAAAGGGAAAUAAACAAGAGUCACAUGUGUAACAUGGAAUAAGCGAGAGCCGUGUGUAUACAUAAAUAAGAUUUCGUACGAAAAACCAACGACUAUGUCAAGACACCAGGAAAUAAUGACGUAUCGAUUAUUAUUGUUCGUAUUUAUCGAAUAUCGAGUUAAACAGUGUACCAAAUUAUAUGAUAGCUUCUAUUGGUUAAAUGAUAAUGGUACCUAAUCUUACUCAGAUAUGUACAUAUAGACAACCGCUUUUUAUAUGUGAUAAAAAAAUUAUUAUAUUCCUAUUAUACAUUGAGAUUUAGAGAAAUGCUAUUGUAAAUCCUGGUUUUUGUACACAGACUGUAUGCUAAGUUCACUUUUGUUAACAUGAACUGUAAUCUAUAAUUAUUUAAUAUUUAAUUGUAUCACUAAAUAAGCGUAUAAUGUACAAUACUUGAUUUUCUUUCUGUUCUUUUUUAAAUUACUUCUUCGAGAGAUAUGGGUUUACAAAACUGGAAGUGUCAUGAAUACUAGUGUCAUUUAUCUUAUGCGUGGUAGAAAUAAGGGAGACGUAUAGCCGAGCGUGUUAUUCUAAUCGAUGACAAAUAUGUCGCCGGAAUAUCGUUUCUUUUUUUUUGCCAUCGAAUGCAAGGUAGCGCUCGGUAUUGUCGCACAAGAACGAAAGAAAGGUGAUAUGCAAGGGGCGGUGGAGAUUGCGACGGGAUGUCAUUUUUCUAUGCGAAACAAAGGGUCACGUCAGGGAUUAAGAUCAAUGUAUAAUUUCUAAUUACGGAGGCACGCGAAAAUCGCCUGUGUGAAUUCGUUUGCGAGACUCGAAGGGCGAGAUGAUUGGCGUCGAGGCCUUUCCUCGCGCACGCGAGAACCCAUCGAAAUUAUACCGAUUUGCACAACAUUUGUAUGUAGCGGAGAGGAGCGUGAGGUAAGAGAAAGGUGUUCCGUGCAGCAACGUUUUUAUACGGCACGUAUGCGUGUUCCCCCAUUCUGUGGAAGGAACCGCUGAACUUAUACGCUGUUUAAUACGUUGCGUACAUGUCGGCGGAAGUAGCCAUCGCGAGUUUACGUUCAUUUCAGAGUACGAGGAUCAUCGGACAAAAAAAAGGGAAAAAAGCAAAAGGCUCAAAGGCAAAUGCAUGAACUAUAACGCACGUGUCGCUUGCGCGUAGUCUGCAUGCGGAGCCGCGCGUGAGACCAGAAUGUCAUAUCGUUCUCGAGAUCGUAUGCAGUUGUAACUCUUGUAAACGUAGCAAAGAGAGAAGAAGAAGAGGAAGAAGGGAAAGAGAAAAGGAUUUAUCAUCGACGUCUUUUUAGUUCUAAUUCUAAAGAAUUUUAAUUGUAUUCAGCGCGAAUGAUGCUCUAGUCAGUAAAAUUACGAAUAAACGAAAGGAGAUUAACAGCUUUCGUUCAUUUAAUACGAUCUGCGUGACGUUCUUGAAGCGCCGGCACGACGACGCAUUUGCGCGCAACUAGACCAACAACUGUGGAUCGUCGUCGUUGUUGUUGUCAUUGUCAUCGUCAUUGUUAUCAUCAUUAUCAUUAUCAUCAUUAUCAUUAUUGUCGUCGUCGCUACUUUGUAUCAAAUAGGCUACGAAUAUUUUUGCGGACGCGUACUCCGCAUAUUCUCAUUUGCCUUUGACGUGCGAAGAGCUCGUCGCUUGUAACUACCUCGACAGGCAGUCAGGGUGUCUACUUCGUACUUUCGUUUUGAUCCUCGAACAAAAUCCCGUCCUGAAGUAGGACGCGAUGGCGUGCUGGUGCUCUACCCAUGCUCGAUUGUCCUGUCAUUAAGAAAUGAGAAAACAUUAGUAUUAUGCACUGGUAAAAUAUUGGCAUUCGUAUCUUUUCAGGAGAAAAUUUCCUCAUCCUACCUCCGCGGAGGUUGAGAAUGCUCCUUGAACAGAAUGGAGGAUAAGGUCAUCGCUUCCGCUUUCGACCUAUUUUGUGCAUCAGCGCGACCGUUCGAUAUCGCUUUAUUUCGUUAGUUAGGAUCUAAGAAACGAACGAGAUUUGUCAGACAGAUUACGAUUUGACUGUAUCGAACUCACAAUUGGGGAUCGGGUGCUGUAAAGAACGCGACAGCAGGUCAUGAGUUGGUAUUUGGGUCGAGGACUCGGCUCCACUGAUUUCGGAACUUCAUAAUUUGUCGUCGACCUUGAUACCACGAGCCUCAGACCGGAAUGUGCUCGGCAGAUGUAAUCCUUACCAAAGUCAGAUACCAGAAGUAUAUUUUUUCUAAUAACCCCUUACUCGCUGGUCAUGUCCGCUGUACAUUUACAUUUGUGUAUCUUUUGUACGUGACUGGUUUUCUUUGGGAUGCGAACGUCGAUCAAAGAACGAUCUCACGAUGGUGAUAUCUUCGAUGUUCGGAUACCACGACGUAUUCCUUUUUACAUUAAUCUAAAUACGCUAGGUAGUUCACAUCGAAAGAAUGCGCAUAUCUUUAAGGAUGGAGUAGUCUGCAAGAACAAGAGAGUUGUAUCGAGGAGAAGAGAAAGAGCUUGAUCGAGAGACGUGUACACAAUUCUUUUCAGAAAGUGAAAAGAGAGUUUCCUCGGAGCAGGAGCUAACUGCUUCGCGUAAUACACAUGUAUAAUGAAGUAUAUCCUGCCGUUUAAAAUCUUUUUUCAGCUUCUAAUAUGUUUUGCAACACGCGACCUCCGAUCUCUAGGGAGGAUUACGUUCCAUGUGGAAGAGAUGUGUAAGUUGCGUUUGCGCGUAUAUGUACGUAAACAGGCUUGUCCUGUUGCAUGUACUUAGUUUCUAUGCUUUCUUCGCACGAAACCAAAUACUAGUACUUCGCAAAAGAGAAGGCGAGGGAGAGCGAUAGAAGAAAACGGAACAAAAAUGUAGGAACAUACCAGAAUUCGAAGAUCCUACACCGGAUUGCGGCGAAAGGAUGAAAUUUAGGACACAUCAUUUAGGAGCGAGCGCAUUAUAUUAAUUGCAAUUAAAGUAUGCUAAUAAUUGCUAUUAAAUAGUUAGGAGGAAUAUUUAUUUAUGCGCUGUGUAUGUCAAGGAACGUCUGAAUUUUACAUAGCUAUAUACAAUAUUUGCUUCGUCCAGCAGCAAGAAAGGCUCAAUUCGAAAUCUCCUCGGAUGAUUGGAUAUUGCAGUAUAAAACCGAAUUGACAACAAUUAACGAGAGAGCAAUUUUAUCCGAGGUACAAGAUAGAGUAUCUGUAAAUGUAUCCAUAAAGAAUUUAUGCAGGACUAACAUAUUGUGCAUAAGACGAAUGCGACAUGCGUGCGUGAGCAUCCUUGUGUAUUCGUCAUAUGAGAAUAUGAUUCAUGGAAUAACGUGAAUUUAUUGGUAAUAGCGUUAUUCUAUACGUCCAUUAGCCAUAGAUACAUGAUCUUCGAAAAAAAAAGAAUUGCCAAUACAAAAAUCAAAGUAGCAUAUCUAAUCGAAAUGUAUUCAAACGGAAAAAAUUAAUAUCAAGAUAUGGAGAGCUGAAAUGAGUAGACAACAAAUGCGUCAAGGAAUGCACUGCAUGCGAUAACGAGAAAAAAAAUAGUAUCGAGAAACGAGAUAGAAAUCACCAUGAGAAAGAGAUAAAUACGAAAUUAACGUAAACGACACAAAUGUCUGGGAGAUGUAACAAAAAUGCCGAAAGGUGUUUUCGUUCUUAGACAGUUUUGCGAAUAAUUUUAAAUGACAUUUAAAUCUCUAUAAUGAUACUUGGAAUACAAAAACAAUCGGAGAAUAAAUUCUGGUGUCCGAAGCUACUCUUACCCUCCGUACGAGUCAUUUGUAACAGGGUAGAGGAAAAAGUCCAUCGACAGAAAAAAUUACUCGAUUUAAAUAAAAAUUAUGUUAUUAGUAAUAUAUACUUUAAACAAGUAAUAUUCAAUUUUAUAAAUAAAUUAUUUGAACAGUAUUAAUAACAUAUUUAUUUGAAUCAAGUAAUCCAUUUUUCUUAUCAAUGUGGUCUGAAAAAAUUUUCGGAAAGAUCUGUUAAUUUUUUUUUUACCCAAUCGCUACAAAAUAUCGCGGAUAGAAUGGGAAACACUUACGUACUUUGGUACUAUCUUCCGCUGUUAAUAUUGUAAUAUGAAAUAUUACAGGGGACUUUCCGAAGUGAAUUUUUCGCAGCGAACUUCGAAAGAGAAUCAGGGGAAAAAAACGUUGGCGUAAGCGUGUAAAGAUUUUUAAAUCGUACUAUUAUCAUAUCCUAUUUGAUCAAUUAGGAUCUCUUACAUCCGUUUUCAAUGUAGAUUAACUUUAUCUAUUCUAAUUCUAAGAAUUAGAAGAAUAAAGAGUAAGUUAAACCAAAAAUGAAGUUAAUCUACAUUGAUGAAAAUGAACAUUAAUGAAGCUGCAAUUGCUUUUAAUUAUGUCUUUAUAUUUAUUUUGCUUUAAUGAUAGCUCUCAUAAUUUUUAAUAUUUUGCGACUGUCUCGACAAUCAAAUGUGUUUGCGCUUGCGAACGUUUUUGCUGGAGCCUCCUCAUUUCUCGUCUCACGAAUCAUCACACGAUGAGACGUAAGGACGAGUGUUUUCGAAUAUUAAAAUCGCAAUGCUCGCGUAAAGUCCUUCUUGAUUUCGUCCUCGUGUCCUUCCCGGAUUAUUCAUGGAUAUACGCGAACGAUUCGAAAGAUUCUGAAAUAUGCGAAAUAUUAGAAUUUAAAUAAUCCUAAAGUAGGAAUUAAGAGACUGGGGAUGUGCUAGGAAAGAUUGGAAUCUUUCAGUCCUUCGGCCGUCAUACCGAUCUAACUAUUGUAUUGUCAGAGAGGAGAGAUCUCUAGCAGAGAGGAGAGAGGAGAGAGAGAGAGAGAGAGAGAGAGAGAGAGAGAGAGGCGAGGAUAGCGAGAUACAGAUUUGCCGUCGACGUGCUGGAAUUCUAUGAGCAAAAAUGAGAAUAUACAAAACAGAAGCGCUCAGGUCGCCCCACGCGCUACAUAUCCGUUGAAAUGGCGCAUUUAUGCAGGCAUUUUUCAUUUAAAACUCGUAAACCGACUCGCCAACCGAUCCUGCGACCCUUCCCAUGCCGCCGACCCGCGCGAUUAUUUAUGGUCCCUCGCAGACUCUCUUUCGAUAUACAUAUUAUAUAUAUAAAUAUAUAAAUAUAAGUAUAAUUACUUAUAAGAUUGUAUAUUCUUAAUUAUAUAGAUGCAACGUGCUGACGUGCGCGCGCGCGCACGCGCGGUUGCUGAGGUGAUUUGAGAUAAAAAGAAAACUGCACACACACACACACACACACGUAACACCUGUAGACACGUAUACAGACACAAACAUAUAGACAGACACAAAAAUAAACAUAAAAAUAUAGGUACGUACGGGGGGGUUGCGGGCGACGGUUUGCCAAUUUUCGCGGGGGGCUUUCUCUUACGAACGGGCGACACCCGCGCGUCCUGCGUGUUCCGCAGUAAGGAGACCUCUGCCGCCUCCGGAAUCUUUUGUGUAUUAUUUCUAACAGAAUGUAAUAAAGUAAAGUUUAAACAGA